UAAUACCGACAUUUUUGUGUGUUUGUGGCUUUAUCUCAAUUAAAGGAGGCUAUGACCAUGAGAUAACCAAACGAGACAGUUUUCAUACCGAUAUGAAAACGUCAAUUUGUAUGUCAGAAGUUUGAAAUAAGUAUUGGGUAAUUAAUUAAUUGGUUUAAUCAUUUUGUUAACAAAUUUAUUUGAUUUAAAAAAUCGUUGAGUUAACAUGUACCGUAAUUCAUAUCAAAGUGGACGCUUAUCAAUAUUGUACAGCUGUGGUCCUUCGCCACUGGAAUUUUGGGCAAUGAAGGUAAAAAAUGGCUACAUAAGAAGAGUGACUGACGGAGAAGUGAGAUCACUGGCACUAGAAUUAAAUGCUACCAAUGUGGCCACAACCUACAUCAUUUGCCCAAAGGAUUCAAAGAAAAGUCUUGGUAUUCGCAUGCCCUUUCUCGUGCUAAUCAUAAAAAAUAUGAAGAAGUACUUUACAUUUGAGAUCACUGUAUUGGACGACAAAAAUCUGCACAGAAGAUUUCGAGUCAGUAACUUUCAGAGUGUCACUAGAAUUCGUCCAUUCUGCACAUCGAUGCCGAUUGGGCUGUCUGAAGGUUGGAACCAGAUUCACUUUAAUUUGGCAGAUUUUACACGCAGAGCUUACGGCUCAAACUACGUAGAGACUGUAAGAAUGCAAAUUCACGCCAAUUGCCGAAUUCGGAGAAUUUACUUUGCUGACAGGUUGUAUCCAGAGGAUGAGUUGCCAAAUGACUUCAAGCUAUUCUUUCCCCUUGAGCAAAAAGCGUGCACUCAGGAGAUGAAAAGGGAGAAGAAGAGUUUGGAAAACGUGCUCGGAGAUAUUUCAACUUCGCAAACACCAAGAUUUGAUACAAACAUCAAAACUUCAGCAGCAAAUAUUUCGGCAGCAUUGCCGUCAUCAUCGUCUCAGCAGCAGAACGUGAACGUCGUUGACGAUGCGCAAGAUGUGCCACACAUGCCACCCAAUGAGCACACAACAGAAAGCUUCUCGACCGAAAAAGAAAGUGCAACAAUGCAGCUUGAAUUGAGUGAACACUCAAUACCUUCGCGGCACGAGAGCGAUGCACGGGAAGCAAUGGAAAACGACGAUGAAGGGAGGACCUUGAGACCAAUGUUCGCUCCAUACGAAAAUGAGACAGAAAAUGAAGCUUUAGAAUUCGAGGAAGAGUGGCUUCAAAAUGAAGAUUAAUAUAUUUAAUAUACUUAAAUACAUACAUCAGUAGAA